AUGGAUGUCAAGAACCCCAACAAGGAGCACAGGACCACUCCUGAGUACGCAGAGUACCAGAGAGAUAACUUUUGGGCCGAUAACGAAGGAAAGACGCCUCCUUUUAACACACACCCCGACAAGCUCGAGGAGAGAGCAAAAGAGAAGCUUUCAGAAGGUGGCUGGUACUAUGCCUCCUCCAACGCCGGCUAUUCCACAACACAUCUCGCCAACCGCCAGGCCUUCUACCGCCAUCGCAUCAUCCCUCGCAUGCUAGUCGACACAAACAAGCGUGACACCUCCUGGGAGAUCUGGGGCCACAAGACUAGCGCACCCAUCGGGUUCUCUCCUAUUGGAAUCAACAAGAUCUACAAUCCUCUGGGAGAACUCCCCGUGGCAAAGGUUGCCAAAGAACUCAACUUGCCAUACUGUCUGAGUACUGCUGGGUCGCAGCCAAUUGAGGAUGUUGGUGCUGCCAAUGGAGAGGGCCCUCGCUUUUUCCAGUUGUACAUGCCGCAUGAUGAUGAGUUGACGGUUUCGCUCUUGCGCAGAGCAAUCGAUUCGGGCUUCACUGCCUGUAUCUUGACUGUUGACACAUGGCAACUCGGCUGGAGACACGACGACGUCGCACACAGCAACUACGCCUUCUACCACGGCAUCGGAGCCGAUCUGGGAUUGUCCGACCCAGUCUUCCAGAAGAGACUUGCAGAAGACGGAAUUGACCCCGUAAAGGAACCCAACAAAGCUGGUGCCAAAUGGAUAGACAAUGUUUGGCAUGGAAGAGCCCAUACCUGGGACAAGAUGCCUUGGCUCAUCAAGACGUGGAAGGAGAUGAGUGGCGGCAAGCCUUUUGCCAUCAAGGGCAUUCAAAGUGUUGCCGAUGCUAGAAAGUGUGUUGAGAUUGGUUGCGAUGGCAUCGUUGUCAGUAACCAUGCUGGAAGACAAGUCGAUGGCGCUACGGCGAGUCUCGAUGCUCUGGAACAGAUCGUUGAUGCCGUCGGCGACAAGAUCUACAUCAUGUUCGACUCUGGUGUCCGCGGCGCCUCCGACGUCUUCAAAGCUCUCGCACUGGGAGCCAAGUUUGUCUUCGUCGGCAGACUAUGGGUCUGGGGCCUGAGCAUCAUGGGCGAACACGGCGUCAGGCACGUCAUGAAGUCGCUCUUGGCUGACUUUGAUAUCCUUCUGAAUGUUGCUGGCUUCCAGAAUGUCGAACAGAUUGUUGGUAAUCGCGAGGCACUGGAAUCUUUGCCAAAGGCCUACACCCUUAUUCAGGAGAGAGCAAAGCUCUGA